AUGCCGGUGCUAGUGGAAGGAGGUGCGGGAGGUCGAGGGAGGCCGGGGGAGACCGGGGCAUUGGGGCGAGACGCUUUAACGAGUGGACAGAGAGUGCAGGAGGUUCUGAGAAAUGAUAGGAACGGGGAAACCAGCGGCCGCGGUGCUGCGAGCUCGUUAAUCACACGGAGGGAGAGAGACGAGCGGAGAGCGGAGAGUAGCGGGGAGCGGGGAGCGGGCGGGGGAGGGGUGUGUGUAUAA